CUCAAAAUACAAAUUUUUGAGGCCUAAUGCCGUCGCACACCCUGGCGCAUGCCUGCAUUUUAUCAUGUGGGUUGGCACUCCAUAUAGAUAUAAUCAAAUAUUCAAAAGAUAUGUCAUUAUGAAAUGAAGUUUGCCUCCACAACGGUUCCAUGCUUCAGAAGCAGACCCAAUCUGUCUCUGUUUCACUCUCUGUUCCAAAAUUCAAAGCCUGCACUUAUUAUCUUUCGCCAAAUUUUAGAAUCUAAUGAGAAACCCAAUGCUUUUACUUUUUCAUUACUCAUCAAAGCUUGUCUUUCAUCUUCUUCAUUUGCUCAUGGUUCAACAACAGCAGCAUUACAAGCACACCAGAUUCAAACCCAAUCACUGAAAAGGGGAAUUAACCAAUUUAUUCAUGUAAAUACUUCUCUUAUUGAUUUGUACAUGAAACUUGGUUUUACUUGUCAUGCACGCCACCUGUUUGAUGAAAUGUCUUUUAGAGAUGUUGUUUCAUGGAAUGUAUUGAUUUGUGGUUAUUCACAAAAUGGGCAUCUUUACAAUGCUUUUCAACUCUUUGUAGAGAUGUUAAGAGAGAAUUUUAGGCCUAAUCAAACAACAAUUGUUAGUUUGUUACCUUCUUGUGGUUGUUUUGAGCUGAUUUUUCAAGGUAGAUCGAUUCAUGGGUUUGGAAUCAAAGAUGGUUUUUGUUGGGAUUCUCAUUUGACUAAUGCCCUUAUGUCAAUGUAUGCUAAAUGCGAUGAUUUGGAAGCUUCACAACUUUUGUUUCAUGAAAUGGUUGAGAAGAAUGUUGUUUCUUGGAAUACUAUGAUUGGUGCUUAUGGGCAAAAUGGUCUUUUUGAUAAGGCUAUUCUUUGCUUCAAAGAGAUGUUGAAGGAAGGUUUUCAACCGAAUUCGGUGACAAUGAUGAACCUUGUGUCAGCAAAUGCUCUUCCGGAAAAUGUUCAUUGUUAUGUUAUCAAAUGUGGGUUUACCAAUGAUGCUUCUGUUGUUACUUCGCUGGUUUGUCUAUAUGCAAAGCAAGGGUUCACAGAUAUGGCAAGACUACUUUACAAAUACUAUCCCACAAAGGAGUUGAUUUCGUUAACAGCGAUAAUCUCUAGCUAUUCUGAAAAAGGUGAUAUAGAUUAUGCCGUAGAGUGUUUUAACCAAACUAUGCAGUUAGAUAUAAAACUAGAUGCAGUUGUCUUGAUUGGUGUACUUCAUGGGAUUACAAGUCCUUCGCAUUUUGCUAUUGGAUCUGCUUUCCACGGUUAUGGGGUGAAGAGUGGACUGUCUAAUGAUUGCUUAGUUGCAAAUGGGCUAAUAAGUUUGUAUUCUAGAUUUGAUAAGAUAGAAGCCGCUUUGUCUUUGUUUUACGGUAUGAGAGAAAAACCAUUGAUCACAUGGAAUUCUAUGAUAUCUGGCUGUGUGCAGGCUGGAAAGUCAAGUGAUGCCAUGGAGUUGUUCUCCAAAAUGAACUUGUGCAGACAAAAACCAGAUGCCAUUACUAUCGCCAGUCUACUAUCCGGAUGUUGCCAGCUUGGUUACCUGCGGAUUGGAGAGAUGCUUCAUAGUUAUAUUCUGAGGAACAAUGUGAAAGUGGAAGAUUUUACAGGAACUGCUCUAAUAGACAUGUAUAGCAAGUGUGGAAGAUUAGAUUAUGCUGAAAAGGUAUUUUUCAGCAUCAAGGAUCCUUGUUUGGCAACAUGGAACUCCAUCAUAUCUGGCUAUAGUUUAUACGGACUUGAGCAUAAAUCAUUCAGUUGUUAUUCUAAACUGCAAGAACAAGGGUUAAUACCAGAUAAAAUCACCUUCUUGGGAGUUUUAGCAGCAUGCACACAUGGAGGACUUGUCUAUUUAGGAUUGGAAUACUUCACUAUCAUGACAGAAGAUUAUGGUUUAAUGCCGACUCUGCAACAUUACGCAUGCAUAGUUGCUCUAUUAGGCAGAGAAGGCAUGUUCAAGGAAGCAAUUGAAUUUAUAAACAACAUGGAGAUUCGGCCUGAUUCUGCUGUAUGGGGAGCUUUGUUAAGUGCUUGUUGCAUCGAACAAGAGGUGAAGCUUGGAGAAUGCUUGGCAAAAAAAUUAUUUUUAUUGAAUCACAAAAAUGGUGGAUUUUAUGUAUUAAUGUCAAAUCUUUAUGCCAUUGUUGGGAGAUGGGAUGAUGUAGCAAGGGUGAGGGAAAUUAUGAGAGAUAUUGGAGGAGAUGGAUGUUCAGGUGUUAGUGUUAUUGAUGUGAUUUCUGUUAAAGACUCUGAUAACAACUUAAGCCAAAGUGAAGUCUAUUUGAAUACAAGCACUUGGCAGCAUUUGUGUCUAUAUUGAAAUUCAUGGAAUUAAUUUAUAAUAUAUGAAGGUUCAAUUUUCUUCCCUUCAUGGAAUCAUAUGAUUCCUUAAAAGAAACAAGAUACUAGUAUGUACAAUGUAGUUAAGUUUUACGAAAUUAUUUCAAAAAGUAAGCAAAUAAAUAUAAGUAAAUGUGAUGAUUAUUUUGAGAGAUGAAAUGUGAGUUAUUUUUCCAAAUAAAACACAUGCUAUAUGGAGGCUUUGGAGAACCAGAAAAGAAGACACACUGAAAUACAAGAAGCUGUACAUUGCAUCAGAACGAAAGGAACUUGAAGAAGUAAAACUUAUAAUAUAGAGAAACAACUGCUGAGGGAACACUUUCUUUCUAUCUAUGAGUGGCAUGAGCUUAGCAAAUGAGCUAAUGAUGAAGAAGAGCGAUUCUGAAGCUGAGACAGAUAAGGAUGUUAAACUAAAAGUUAUAACAUUUCUUUGUUUCUGAGAUUAAAAAACACGAACAUUAUAGUCGCCAAAUGCGAAGUAAUUUGACCCCAUAUAGUUACAACUUGCCAUGGU